GAGGUGCGGGUGUCGGUGCUGACGCUGCUGCAGCUGGUGGGGCUGGUGUGCAUCUUCCUGGCGCUCUGCCUGGACCUGGGAGCCGUGCUGAGCCCCGCGUGGGUCACGGCGGAGCACCAGUACUACCUGUCCCUGUGGGAGUCGUGCCGCAAGCCCGGCGCCCUGGACAGCUGGCUCUGCGAGUCGACGCUGCACAGCGAUUGGCAGAUUGCGACUCUUGCUCUGCUGCUGGGCGGCGCUUCCAUCAUCCUCAUCGCUUUCCUGGUGGGCUUGAUCUCCAUCUGCGUGGGCUCUCGGCGGCGCUUCUAUAGACCAGUUGCAGUCAUGCUCUUUGCUGCAGUUGUUCUUCAAGUGUGCAGCUUAGUCCUUUAUCCGAUCAAGUUCAUCGAAACAGUCAGCUUGAAAAUAUACCAUGAGUUCAACUGGGGCUAUGGCCUGGCGUGGGGUGCAACUAUAUUUUCAUUUGGGGGUGCCAUUCUUUAUUGCCUGAACCCUAAGAACUAUGAAGACUAUUACUAAAUGAUUUAAUGAAAAGUAACAAAAGGAUUCCCCUCUCUUUUCUAACUCACAGUUUUUUUUAGAACACUGCGGAGCACCAAACAGUCUCCUCUGUCGAUAAAAUAGCCUUGCCUUUUGGGUGUGAACACUAUAGCCAGCUUUUACAACCAUUUAAAAGAGCUGCGAACACUAGGAUUGCUGAUCUUACAUAGGCAGAUGCUGCAAGCCGCUGGUACAUAAGCUUCGUUUUUCCUGACAGCAAGCAAAGGAUCUACAUGACAGCAAUCAUUGUGAGAAUGAGAAAGCCAUGCCUGCAUCUGCCAUUGCCUUCAGGGGAGCAGCUGGUGUGAGCUCCAUUUAGAAGCUUCCCUCUAUCACAGAGGAUUCAAACGUUCGGAUAAGCAGGCAGUGGCAUCUUGUACAAUAGGCCGCAUUGGCCCCUUGUUCCUUGC